AUGGUUUACAUUGCUCCUGUACCACAACAAAUCGUUCGGCCAACUGUUGGUACCGCUGUGAAAGUUCCUCCAAGCAUUCUCUCUGACUCUGAAAUUGAAGAAAUUAAACCCGAUACCGAUCAACUACCUGAUCUGCCUGAAGAACGCAUCAUCCAAAGCGACGAGAACGGCCCUCUAUCAACUCCUCCUGGACAUCCAAAACCAAAACAUUGGGAUACUCCGAGCAGGCAGGGUCACAUGGUCCAUCGAGGGCGAGCAACAAGUAGAACAAUUCAACCUAGAAGGCAGAAACGAGGCUCAACAUCAAGCGAUUCAAGCACUCCUCCUAGGAACCCAGACCGACAGAAUGCCACCUCAUCUGCAACAAGAAAUAGACAAAGCAGUUCAAGAGGCGCUGGACAUACACUGGGAAUUACCAAUGGAAGAAAGAGCAAUAAAAAGCGAUCACCUUCCAACUCUCCUCAAAGGCCUACCGGCAGACAGGACGAAGUGGACAACAGGAGACUGGGAGAGAAUUCGGAUGAUCAACAAGAGGAAGCGGGAGUCUACUACACAUUUAUCACAAGAGAACAGCCAAGACCCCAAAGACUCACCGGAAGAACCCCAAACUUCACCAUUACAGAUCACGGUGACCACUGGCACAUCACCUUCAAAUGCCACCCAACCAACAAAACAAGACAACGGAAUACAAUUGCAUCCUUCCUUGGACUUAAUACUGGAGCAAGAGCCGAAGCAGAAGCAACAUGCCAAAUUGUCAAAGAUAUUAAACGAUGGAUUCUAUACCUUAUCAGAUACGGUAUACACAAACUAUCGUAUAUUGAUUCUGGUCACGAAAUCUUCAAGCGAAUAGUGAAAUACUUCCUGUCACAUUCCCCAGAAGAUGCUGUAGACGGUCCAUGUCCAUAUAUGACGGAAAAAAGAAAUGCAAGAGCCGCAGAAAAUGACGACACUAAACUCCAAGAAUUUGACUAUCUCUAUGAACUAGUGCUCCAAUAUACACCAAGAACUGUCAACGACCUCAUCAACAAACUGUCAAAGGACGAAUUCAAAAGGCUCUACGUCAUGUGCAGAGGAAACUACAGAGAUAAACUGAAGUCCGUAAUAUUAUUCAACAACAAAGAACGCCAUCAAAGACAAUCAAAACAAGCCAUCUGGGAAAAUCUUCAAGAGAUUAAGAAAAGACCACCUAAUGAAAAGAACAUCAAGUGGCUCAAAUACCUAUUCAAAGAAAACGACAUUGACAUCAUCUACUUCUUAUCAUGGUUCACAAUAGUAUCAGACAAACUCCUCAACAAAGUCAACACAUUUGUACUCCAAGGACCAACAGGAACAGGAAAAAGUCUGUGCCUCAAUGCUCUAAUUGGAAACCUAAACACAGGCAUUGUAACUAGAUCAGGAGAUGCUAACCAAUUCCACCUACAAAAUCUACUUGGAAAAUCGUACGGACUAUUCGAAGAACGAAGAAUCAGGCAAGUCACAGUAGACGACUUCAAACUACUCUUCGAAGGAGCCCCAUUCAAAAUAAACGUCAAACACCAAGAGCCAGAAAUGUUGCAUCGCCUGCUUAUCUACGUGUCAACAAACAAGGAUAUAGACUACUGGGUCCCCCCACAAGACGGAAAUGCACUCUAUACACGAACAAAAACGUUCUACCUAAGAAAACCUAUAAAAGGCCUCUCCGACAAAGCGAACCAUCAAUCUGCUCUAGAACCUCCUCCAGGAAUGAUCACAACAGACGACUUCCUAGGACUCUACGAAACCUACAAGCCCCUCAUUGUAGAAAGAAUCAAAGUCAUUCAAAUUGUCCGAUGCGACACCAAAGAAAAGAAGUAGA